CCUUUUCCCUACUGCUUCCAUUCUUUUUCCCUCUUUUUUUUUUCCAAAAAGGUUUUGCCUUCCAUUGUUUUUCUUUCAUCUUCUUCUUUGCUUUUCUCCAUUUCUUUACUUAUUUUUGGAUAUACAGCCAUGAAGCAGAGUUCAAAGCAACAGCCAGAGCACUUUUGGCCUCGUGUUUUCAUGCGGAAAUUGCUCCACAUCUCUCCCAGAGACUCCGAUUACAGCGCUGAUACUGAGGAUGAAGACGACAUUAGUUCUGGAUCCGAAGAGAAUAUUCCAAGAUUUAGGAGAAGGAGACCAAAGUCAGAGACUUUUAGGGCACAAUACAUAGACUCAAAGGACAUAAGAAUAGGCGUUGGUACCUGGAAUGUUGGUGGUAAGGCUCCACCUGAUGACCUUGAUAUUGAUGACUGGAUAGAUAUGAAUGAUCCUGCUGAUAUCUAUGUGUUUGGUCUUCAGGAGAUGGUACCAUUAAAUGCUGGGAAUAUAUUUGGUGCUGAAGAUAGCCGCCCGGUCCCAAAGUGGGAAAGCAUCAUUCGUAACACACUCCACAGAAUUCGACCUGCAACUACAAAAGUAAAAUGCUAUAGUGAUCCCCCAUCUCCAUCAAAGUUUGAGCCAUCCGAUGUAGAGGAGAUAAUUCUUGAAAGUGAUAGUGAUAUUGGUGAAGAAAUUUAUCCAUUGGAUGAAGAACCCCAUGGCUUUGAUGAAUUCGAUAAUGCACCUGAAAACAAAAUGUUGGUCACCAAUUCUGGGAUUUCAGAGUGUUAUGAUGGUUCUAAACUUGAUGUGUCAGUAGAACAGCAUUUACAAAGGCAAUUUUCUUCUCCAAAGAGGUUAGACAAACUUAACUGUCUGCGAACAGAGGAUUAUGCUGAAAAUGAGGAAGCCCCAGUCAGUAAACAAGAUGCAAAAUUUGCUAGAAUGCUUAAUGGGAUUGAAGAAAAUAGAAAGUUAACCGGAAUUCUUAGUGGGACUGAAAGGAUUGGUUUAAGCUGGCCAGAACCUCCACUAAAUUUGCUAACUCAGCAUGUUUUGGAAAGACCAACUUCUUUCAAAUCAAUCAAAUCUUUCAAAGCGACCAAGUCUUCUCGAACAUAUAAUUCCUUCAAGUCCAUAAAGGACAUGCCGUCAGGGAUAGCUUUGCUUGCAGAACUUGACCUUGAAUCCCUCAUGAAGCGGAAAAGAAGAUCAUCAUAUGUAAGAAUAGUUAGCAAGCAGAUGGUAGGAAUCUUCCUCACUAUAUGGGUCCGUAAGAGUUUGCGGAGGCAUAUUCAGAACUUGAAGGUGUCUACUGUUGGCGUUGGUGUAAUGGGCUACAUUGGUAACAAGGGAUCAGUAUCAGUCAGCAUGUCCAUAUAUCAAACACUUUUUUGUUUUAUAUGCACUCACCUGACAUCAGGUGAAAAACAUGGAGAUGAACAUAAAAGAAACUCUGAUGUGCAUGAAAUACUUAGGCGAACUCAUUUUCAUUCUCGUUCUGCAAUUGGACUUCCCAAAAGAAUUCAUGAUCAUGAAAGAAUAAUUUGGUUGGGUGAUUUAAAUUACCGUCUCAACCUCUCAUAUGAUAAAGCACGAGAACUCAUCUCGAAGAGGGAGUGGUCCAAGUUGAUUGAGGGAGACCAGCUUGUACGAGAGCUGCGAAAAGGUCGUACAUUUGAUGGAUGGUCCGAGGGAGCUUUAAAUUUUGCACCGACAUACAAAUAUGAGUUGAACUCAGAGAAAUACUAUGGAGAAGAUCCCAAGGUUGGGAGAAGAAUUCCUGCAUGGUGUGAUCGCAUCCUUUCAUAUGGUAAAGGAAUGAAGCAACUAAGUUAUAGGAGGACUGAGCUUACACUUUCUGAUCAUCGCCCUGUUACUGCCAUAUAUGUGACUGAGGUUGAGGUAUUUUGUCCGAAGAAACUACAGCGUGCUCUCACUUAUACCAAUGCUGAAAUUGAAAAUGAGGAGGUUGAAGCAGAGGUGAUUGAUUACUAAUGUUGGAACGAAUCCCUUAGUUGGAUCAGGUUAACGCAGAGAUCAUGAAGGGAUACUAGUCUAUGCCUGAGCCGGUGAGAGCUCCUGUAACUCUUGAUAUUAUUGACUACACGUUAGAUUCAUUCAUUUCAUUUUUUAUUUUACCAUGUGUGUAUGUAGAAAUCAUUGUAUAAACGCAUCAAUUUUAGGGGUUUCACAAAUAGAUUAAAAAACAAUGUCAACUAAACAAUCAGAGUUGAGUUUGCAUAUAGGCAUAUUCUGCAUUCGGAUAAAGUUUAUGAAUGUGCCCUUCUGCCAACAAAUUUUUCUACCUCAUAAAGACCUCGUGGUAUAAAGAGAUAUAGACAAUGCAUGUGUUUUGAUCCUUACACCACAUUCUCUUUCCCUCUGCUUUUGGUGUGUGAAUGUGAUCACUGAUCACAUGAAUCUUGACUUCUUUCAUAG